AUGAAUAGCUGGCAAGGACCACGGGAGGAUUCUUCCGUCGAAAAGGUGCAGCCAGCAGAAGUGAAAGAUUUGAGCUCGAUUGAAAACAAAGAGAUCGACUCUUCCAACGAGUCAAAAUAUGACUUUGAGUCCGCCGAGUUCAAGAAUAUCCCGGAGUUAGUGCGGACGGUCGUUGGCUUCGAGGACGAUCCCUCGCUUCCAGUCAUAACAUUCCGCUCGAUUCUCCUGUCAGCGAUAUUUUGCGCCAUCGGAAGCGUCGUCUCACAGUUAUCAUACUUUCGUACAACAUAUGCGCCAUUUCCAGUGUUCUUUGUGAUCUUGGCAUCCGAUCCCCUUGGUCGCUUUCUUGCACGAGUUUUGCCGGAUUACAGGAUACCAUUGGGCAAAUACUCAUUUUCUUUGAACCCAGGGCCAUGGUCGACUAAAGAGCACGCAAUUGUUGGCCUUGCCGCCAAUGCGGGAAGUCAAGGUCAAUGGGCCAUGCGGCCACUUCUGGUUGAGGACCCAGAAUUCAUAUUUCCCCUUUCCUUGCAGCAAGUGGCGCUCUAUCGAAGCAUGGAGGGCAAGAGCAAGUCGGAUCACAAAAGAGCUCGUGAACAAAUGAAGGUGUUUUGGAUAUUGGUUCUAGGUACAUUUGUCUGGCAGUUCUUGCCAGAAUAUCUCUUCCCAUUUGUGGCAUCACUUGCUCCGCUAUGCUGGUUUGCUAGCCACAACCACAAUGUCAACUUUAUUGGAGCUGGUCGUGGUGGUAUGGGGUUGCUGAACAUAACUCUCGACUGGUCCAACAUCACCUCAACAGUUAUCACAUACCCGUACAGCGUGCAGGUUAUUAUAUUUGUUACUUUCGUCAUGACCUGCUGGAUUCUUAUCCCCAUUGCCUAUUUUGGGAAGCUUUGGGGCUCGCCAACAUAUGACAUCAUGUCCAAUCAAGUCUUUCAAAAGAAUGGAUCGGUGUACCCCUUAAAUGACCUCAUCUAUGUCGAUUCGAACGGUAUGCAACAUGUCAACGGAACCAAGUAUGACGAAGUAGGCCUUGCCUACUCAGGUGCUCAAUAUACCUGGCAGAUCUUCAUGUGGGUCGCUUCGUAUAUGUCUUCUUACGUAUGGUGUGCUCUGUUCUUCGGUCCCAAGAUCCACAAGUUGUGGAAAGCUCGAAAGCAAUCUGCCGCCUAUCACCAAGACAAACUGAGGGAAUGGGGUGUUCUCACUCUCAUACCUUUCUUCAUGCUUCUUGGAAUAGUCGUCUCGAAGACAAUUUAUAUGCCCAUCUGGACAUACUUCAUCGCGCUAGGCUUCGGCGCUGCGGCAAUGCUACCAAUGAGCUUUGUGUAUGCAUUGUCCGGCUUUUCGGUCAAGGUCGGAUUCUUCAACGAGCUUGUCUAUGGAUGGCUCUUCGCGGCACCCUUUAGGUCAACUUGCCUACCGGAUCAUCUCUGGCAACGUAUGGUACGAUGCGAGAAUUGUUUUAGAAGAUCAAAAGGUUCGAAUCUCUUCUUUAACUCGACCAAUUAUAAGACUCACCAAUACCAGAUUGGCCAUUACCUUCACCUACCUCCCCGCCAAGUCAUCGGAAUUCAAAUCUUAGCCAACCUCUUCGCUCUUCCGAUAAAUUACGGCGUCAUGCGCUGGGUCAUCGCGAGCAAGUUUGACUAUGUGAGUGGCAAGAAGAAAGACCCGCUAGGCCAGUGGACAGGCCAAGAAUUCAAAUCGUACAACACAGCGGGGAUCCAGUUCGCGCUCGUGGGCCCUCGCAAGCUCUUUGCAUCGGCCUUCUUCAGGCCUAUUCUUUGGGGCUUCCUCGCUGGCGCACUUGCGCCCUGUGUGAUCUGGCUUUUGCACAAAAAGUUUCCCCGCGCGCGUUUUGACCUCUGGAACACGACUAUCUUCUUCGCGUCGGCUGCGGUGUUUUAUGGAAACUUGAGUACCGGGCCAUUCACGACCUUCCUGGUUGGCACUUUUACCAAUUUCUAUCUCUACCGAUAUAGACGAGUGUUUUGGAAUAAGUGGGCGUACAUCAGUGGAGCGGCACUGGAUACGGGAUUUAACGCUAAUCUGCUGUUCAUUUUCAUUUUCUUGGGAACGACGGGGGUGAAGAUGGUGCAUUGGUGGGGGAACAAUGCUGAUAGUAUCGAAAGAUGCUUUGCACUGUGA